AUAGUCCAAUUUGCUAGCUCAAAUCAAACUAAACUAAACCAUCAUGUUCAAGCUGUCUGCCCUCGUUGUCCUGUGCGCUCUGGUGGCCUGCUCCUCGGCUGAGCCCAAGCCCGCUAUCCUGGCCGCCGCUCCAGUGGUUGCAGCUGCUCCUGCCGGCGUGGUCACCGCUACCAGUUCGCAGUACGUGGCCCGCAACUUCAACGGUGUGGCUGCUGCUCCAGUUGUUGCCGCUGCCUACACCGCUCCAGUUGCCGCCGCUGCCUAUACCGCUCCAGUUGCCGCCGCUGCUUAUACCGCUCCAGUUGCCGCUGCCUACUCUGCUUAUCCGUAUGCCGCCUACCCUUACAGCGCUGCAUACACCACUGUUUUGUAAAACGGAUUAACAAGUAUUCAAAACGGAUUUGAAAUGGAAUAAAAAUAGACCCGACUGGCAAUAAAACAAAUCAAACU